AUGGCUAAUUUGUAUUCACCAUGUUAUGAAGUUUUCUUGAAUUUUAGGGGAAAAGAUGUACGCAGAGCUUUUUUAGAUCAUCUCUAUAAAGCAUUAUGUGAUGUUGGAAUUAAUGUGUUUAGAGAUGAUGAUGAACUUCCAAGAGGCGAGGACAUUUCAGGGAGUUUACUUGAAGCAAUUGAAGAGUCAAAUAUUUCUCUUGUUGUUUUCUCCGAAAAAUAUGCAUCAUCUAAAUGGUGUCUUAAUGAGUUGGUCAAAAUUCUUGCAUGUAAAGAAAAACUUGGACAGCUCAUUAUUCCUAUUUUUUAUGAUGUUGAUCCUUCUGAAGUACGCCGUCAAACUGGGAAAAUUGGAGAUUCUCUUGCCAAACAUGAAUCCAAUUCAAGUCCAGAACAGUUGAGGAAGUGGAGAGCUGCACUUACUGCAGUGGCAAGUUUAUCCGGAUUCCAUCUUCAAAAUCAUUUUAACGGUAAUGAAGCCAAGUUCAUUGAGAUGAUUAUCCAGGAGGUAUUGGGUAAAGUAAACAAAAAAUAUAUGGACAUUGCAAGGCAUCCAGUAGGAAUUAAUUCUCGUGUUAGUGAACUAAUAAAUAAGUUGUUAUGGACGGUGUCAAGUGAUGUCAUAAAUGUUGGAAUCUGGGGCAUGGGAGGUGUUGGUAAAACUACCUUAGCAAAAGUCAUCUUCAACCAAAUUUCUCCAUAUUUUGAUGGUAGCUCCUUUCUUCAUGUUGGAUCGCAAGUUUCAAGGGGGAAUAGCGGUUUGGUUGCUUUGCAAGAAAAGCUUCUCAAGGAUACUCUCAGGAAAAGAAUUGAAGUCAGCUGUGUCGACCAUGGAAUUCAAUUGAUUAAACAAAGGCUCCAAUCAAAAAGAGUUCUCAUAAUCCUUGAUGAUGUUGUUGAUGAUGGACAAAUAUACUCAUUAGUGGGAGGGAAGCAUUGGUUUGGUCCUGGCAGUAGAAUUUUCAUUACCACCAGGGACGAACACUUGCUGAAAUAUUCCACAGGAGAUGUAAAAUAUGAGGUCAAGUGUAUGACCGAAAGUGAAAGUCUACAGCUUUUCUGUUGGCAUGCUUUCGAGAAUCCCCUCCCUCCAGAAGACUUUGUGAAGAUAUCUGAAAGUCUGGUAACAUAUGCAGAAGGGCUUCCAUUAGCACUUGAAGUUUGGGGAUCCUUUUUAUAUAAAAGGAGCAUGGUAGAGUGGAAAAGUUUCACUGAGAAAUUGAAGCAUAUCAGUCACGAUUCGAUAGUAGAGAAACUGAGAAUAAGCUAUGAUGGUCUCCUUGAUCAUACAACUAAGGAAACAUUCCUUGAUAUCGCAUGUUUCUUGGAAGGAUGGGACAAGGAAGAU